GUGCCGGGGCCGUUCGGGCGGCGGUUGUGCUCAGGAAAGAAGAUGGCUCAUCCCAUCCCUCUCCCCUUUCCAUGCCCAGUCAAGCUUGGAAGUGUCAAAGGAGACUCCCUGGAAGCUGACCUGCAUGAGUAUGUCAGGGAGGGGAACUAUGUGAAAGUGAAGAAGCUUCUGAAAAAAGGAGUUUUUGUGGAUGCUGUGAAUUCCAUGGGCCAGACCUGUCUGUUCACUGCUGCUUUGCUGGGGCUGGGUAAAAUUGUGGAUGUGCUGCUGGAAUACGGCUCGAAUGCCAAUCAGUUAAGUACCAAACAUUUAUUCUCCUCAGUGAUGCUGGAAUUUAUCCAGCAGUGCUCGCUGUGCAUGCAGGCUGCCAUUUGGAAUCUUCCCUCUGACCUGCUCAGGAAGGUUGGCUCCACAAGGGCCUUGAUCUGCAGCCCCUCGAGGUUUGGUGGCCUUGUCCAAGGGAAUGCUGAGAUUCCUGUGGGGAAAUUUCUGAAAGGACGACCCAGCGUGGCCAGGAACAUUUACAGCUUUGGUUUUGGGAAGUUCCACCUGGCAGGCAGUGGCCACCUGGGCUACCUGGCCUCCCUGCCAAUAAUUGGGGACAAAGAUUUGGUUCAGGCUGAUGAUGAAGCAGCAUUUUCUUACCACGUGGGGCCCUACAUGAUCAUGACCAACCUGAUGUGGGGAGGCAGCAGGGUGACAGUGAAGGAGCUGAGCCUCCAGCCCCAGCAGAGGAGCUGGAAGCUGCGCCUGGCUGAUCUGCUGCUGGCAGAGCAGGAGCACAGCAGCAAGCUCCGCCACCCUCACUUGCUGCAGCUGAUGUCUGUCUGUCUGUCCUGUGACCUGGAGAAAACUCGGCUGGUCUAUGAGAGGGUUCACUUUGGCUCUCUCUACAGCAUCCUCCAUGAAAGGCGCGCGGAGUUCCCGGUGCUGCAGACGGCGACCCUGCUGCACAUCCUGCUGCAGGUGCUGGACGCGCUGCGCUUCCUGCACGGCCGCGGCUUCCUGCACCGCUCCCUGUCCUCGCUCGCCAUCCAGGUGGUGGCCUCGGGGGAGGGCAAGCUCUGCAACCUGGAGUACAUGAUAGAGAGCAAGGACAGCGGGGAGCACAGUGACCUGACCCGAAUCCCUGUGCCAGCCCAGCUGUUCCGCUGGAGCUCCCCUGAAAUCAUCCUGGGCAAGCCUGGCACGGUCAGGUCAGAUGUUUACAGCUUCUGUGCAGUGCUGCAGGAGGCCCUGACAGAGAGCCCUCCCUGGAAAGGUGUGGAAGACUCAGCUGUGAAGCAGCUCGUCCUUUCAGGGGAGCAGCUGGAAGCAGAUGUCAGGCUGCCCCUGCUCUACUAUGAUGUUGUCAAGUCAGGGCUGGAACCCAAACCCAGGAACCGCUCCAUGAAGCUUCAGGAUAUUCAAUAUGUCCUGAAAAAUGACCUGAAGGACUUGGUUAAAUCUGAAGGCGGCCACGCUGGUGGAACACUCAAAGCCCAGAGGUCUGCUGUUCUUGCAGAUGUGAACAUCUGCUGGGCAUCAUCUUUUAGCUUCCAGAAGAGAACAGUGGAACUCCAGGAAAAAGAGAUGAGCAAGGCUGGUGGCUUUCCUGCCCCCAAGGACUCUGUUUUCCCCAAGGAGAGCAGUGCUGUGGUGCUGCAGGAGGCAGCAGCCAGUGCAGAGCCCCCGGUGCAGGACAGCAGCCUCGGGGUCUCUGAGCAGCAUUCUGGAGCUUCUCCCUGCAGUGAGAGCGAUGUGGAUGGGAGCCUGUGCAGCUUUGAGAUGAAUGAAAUCCUGGCCAGUUACCCAGAAGGUCCCCAAGACUUCCUGGAGGGAGGACCUGGGUCAGGCCAGGCCCUGAGGGAUGCAGAAAUGCAAGAGCAGAGCCAGUGGGAGGGUGAGGAUGAAGGGGAAUCCUCGGGGUCCAGCACAGGCUUCACUGGAGAGGAGGAGGAGGAGGAAGAAAAGGAGGAGAAGGAGGAAGAAGAGGAAAGGGUGAGAGAAGGCUCUGGGCUGUCCCAGGUGAGAGGAGCUGCUGGCAGGAGGCUGAGCAGCCCCUCCCAGAGCGAGCAGCACAUCAGCAGAUGUGUCCUGAACCUCAAGAUCAUGCAGAGCAUGCUGCAGCAGGCUGGGCAUUCCCUGAGCAGGACAGAGGAGAAACUGGACAGGCUGAAGGCCAUGGCAAAGCAGAAGAGGCUGCUCCAGGAGGUCAGGAUGAAUCUGCUUCCCAAGGAAAGUUCUCAGGGAAGGCGCUGGGAUGGCUCUGAUGCUGCUUCCCAAAACACCAUGAAGGCUCUUUCUGGAGUUGAUAUUUUUUUACACCAGGCUGUGGCUCCACCAUCCAGGGACUACAUUCCACCUCCAGUAACGUGUCAGGCACCAGGCAGAGACAGCUUCCAGGCUGUUCCCCAGACAGGCAAGGAAAGAGAGGCAAUUCAGAAUGAGAAGUGGAAGAGCAAAAUUGCAGCCACCCAUUGUGAUCCAGGCUGCAGCACGGGCAGAGGGCUGGAUGGUGAAGUGAGCCUAAACCAGGAGCAUUUCCUCCCACACGUGUCUGCAAGAAGCCAGAAAAAGUUCAACCUGCAGUGGCAGAGAGGAGCUGAUUCACAUCCUGCAGCAAGAAGGGAAGAGGAGAAGUGGUGCCAUUCAAAACCAAGGGUGGAAUUCUGCAGCAAAAAAAGCAUCGAGAAGAGGAGGGUGGUGCAGUCAGGAUGGAGGACUGAAGUCAAGCAGAUGGCCAGAAGAGUGGCCUCAGGUCGGCUGGGGCUCAGCUGCCCCUACCCUGGCAGCGAGUGCCCGUCUGAAGCAGAAGGUGCCAAGGAGCCCCCCCAGGAGGUGCCUGCUGGAGCCCCCCAGAGCCAGGGGCAGCCGGGUGAGCCCUGGGACCCGGGCUCUGAGGACACAGCCGACUCUGGGGACAGUGAUCUGGACAGGACUUCCACAGGGAGGAGCUGCCAGUCCCCAGCACCAGAUGAGCAAGCAGAGUCUGGAAAAUCCAUUCCUAAGAGUUCAGUGCUUCCUCAGCAAGCUGAGAAUCUCUCUAGAGGGCAUUCAAGGGAAUUACAUUGUUCCCUUAAUUCACCUCCUGAUGUGACUGAAGAAUUCUUCACUCCUGAUUAUUUCCUUCCUCCUGCUCUUGAGGGAAGGUCAGAACCAGAGACCUCAGACACUGAGGGCAAAGCAGAAGAUGUUUGUGCAGGAUUUUUACAGAAAUUACCUGCAGAUGCAGCAUCAGCAAGUCAGGCUCCAGGAGGAAAAAUACUAUUCUGCAGCACAACACCACAGAGCUGUGGCAGUAACAAGCUGGGAGUGAAUCAGCUGAGCCAAAUGCCUGGAGCCAGUGUGGAUGCAGCACGAGAAGCGACGCUGUGGGAGCCACAGGAAGAAUGCCAAGAAAAAGAUGUAUCAGUGGCAGAUAUUCAGGAUUUGUCCAGCAUCCCCUGUGAGCAGAACUUCCAGAGGGGUGUGGAGUGUAAAACACCUCGGCUGAGCCACGCUCCCACCAGUGUCAGCACCCCCCUGGGCUCAGAUGAAAAAUUUCCAUUAGCCUUUGAGAAAUACAAUCAGUGCCGUGAGUUUUCUUCAGAUUCUUCCUUUUGUGGCUCUCAAGAGACCUCCUCCACUGUGUUCAAGACUUUCACCACAGCCUGUGAAGGGGAGAGGAGCAUGGAAAUUCCAGUGGUGGCUCCAAGAUUUUGCCCAUUUGGACUGAAAGAGCCUGUUGGGUUGCCACCAGUUGCUUCAUCCCUGAGGAACACCAGGCAGGCACCUGCACUCUCAGAGGCAUCUCCCCCCUCCACUGAUGAGCUGCCUCCACCAGCCCAAGAGCUGCUGGAUGAAAUUGAACACUUAAAGCAGCAAGAUUCCAUCACUCCAGACUUGGAAGGGAUGGGAUUGCAAGACUCCAGAGUGCAAGUGAAUGCUCUUGAUCAAGUUCAAAUGGAAAACAGAGAGUCAGGAGAAGAAUCUGAGAGAGAUGAGAAGACAAAUGAGAGUUUAUGGACUAAAGAGUCAUUUAAUCUAGCAGAGGAUACAGAAAGGGCUCACUCCAGCCUGGAUGAUGCUUUGGAGAGAAUGCUCCAUGCUGUUCCUGGGGAUGAGGAGAUCCAAGAGCAACCUCAGGGACACACUCUUGGGGCUGCCAGCCUGCAGGAUCCAGAAGAUGCUGGAAGGAAGAAUGGAGGAGAGGAGAGAGGAGCCUGGGCUGGAGGCAGAGCACCAGGAAGCUGUGCAGGGACUUCAGCAGAUGAGAGCAAGGAUCAGAAAUCCCACCCCCAGCAGCAGCUGGCUCCAGCUCCACCCUUCAGGAUAAUUGUUUUGGAUGAGAGCUCUCUCCAUGAUUAAAACACAGAGUGAAUAAGUGCUACACAUCACCUGCUUGCUGCUGCUUGCCCAGUGUUUAGUCUGUGAAUUACAGCCCUUUUUGGCCCCAUAAACACCUGUAAAGCUCAGAUUUCCUUUAACAGCAGCAGCAAGUUCAGAAGAAAAUCCCAUGUUCUGUGUUCUGAAAUGGUUUGUACUGGUUUGAUGCCAUUGUUGCAUGCCCAGGCAGUGUCAAUGUGCAGAAGUGAGCUGUUUUUUUACUGUCACAUCCUUAUGAAACUACUUUUCAUUCUGCACGUGCACAUUUUCAUAAGCUAAAGAAUUCCAUGCUCUGUUGCAUUAUGCAGUUUUCAGAUUAAAGACAAAAUGAUUGUAAUUCUGUGGGCUGCUGGUGCUGCUCAGGCACUGAAAUGUUUCCAUGCUGGAGUGUUGCAGCCCAUGUAGUGUCUGUUUUUCCUUGCUCAUUAAAUUUAACAAGGUAAUUUCUUGUUUUCUCUUUACUUAGUGCUUUUGUGAUCUAGUGUUGAACUGAUUUGACUGAUUAAAGGGAUUAAUUGCUGUGCAAAAAGCUAAUGAGGAAAAGGCAGUGUUCUCCAGAGAUUGCAAGUGCAGCAAUAUGUUCCCUGCCAGCAUCAGACAAAAAUGUGAAAAAAAUGUGGUUGUUAUGAAGAUACCUGGUGUUUAAUUCAACCACAUUUUUGGUAGGCCU